GGGGUCCCGGGGCAGCACCUGCCCCGCCUUGCUGAGUCUCCUGGGCCCGCCGAGACCCCUCCCUGUCUGGACCCCGGCCCCACCUCCGGACUCUUAUCCCAUCACCUCCUCCUGGAAGCUACUUUGUCUUCACCUCCUCUCUUGAAAACUGGUGUCUCAGAAGUUAACAGAAGACUUGUGUAAAUGCCCUAGGGGUGAGCUGUUGGGAGGGGCGCGGCCCCCUGUGAUGGGAACACUGCACUCGGAUUCAUCAGUUCAGUGAGUCGGGGUUUUCUUUAAGCAGGAGGACCCCUUCGGCAGUCUGUCCGGCUGGAGCCACAUUUGUUCUCCCUGCUCUCAUUACUGGCUGUGAAAACAACAGUCACACCUGCUGAAUAUUUACGCUUUGCCUGACACGGUUCCAGGCACUUUCAUCUGCGCUAAUUUAAUCCUUCCAACAAUCCUAUGAGGGUUGCCUGAGGUCCUGCCGCCCCGUGGACCAUGUUUAACGGGGAGUCAGGUCCGGCCUCGGCGGCGGCCUCCAGGAACGUGGUGCGGAGCUCCAGCAUCAGUGGGGAAAUCUGUGGGUCCCAGCAGGCCGGGGACGGCACCGGGACCAGCACCGCCAAGAAGCGACGCAGCAGCCUCGGGGCCAAGAUGGUGGCCAUCGUGGGCCUGACCCAGUGGAGCAAGAGCACGCUCCAGCUCCCCCAGGCUGAAGGGGCCACCAAGAAACUGCGCAGCAACAUCCGGCGGAGCACGGAGACGGGCGUUGCCGUGGAGAUGCGGAGUCGGGUCCCUCGCCAGGGCAGCCGGGAGUCCACAGACGGGAGCACCAACAGCAAUAGCUCCGAUGGCACGUUCAUCUUCCCCACCACCCGGCUUGGGGCCGAAAGCCAGUUCAGCGAUUUCCUGGAUGGGCUGGGACCAGCCCAGAUUGUGGGGCGACAGACGCUGGCAACACCGCCAAUGGGGGAUGUGCACAUUGCCAUCAUGGACCGGAGUGGCCAGCUGGAGGUGGAAGUGAUUGAGGCUCGGGGCCUGACCCCCAAACCUGGCUCCAAAUCCCUCCCAGCCACCUAUAUCAAGGUUUACCUACUCGAGAACGGGGCCUGCUUGGCCAAGAAGAAGACGAAGGUGGCUAAGAAGACCUGUGACCCCCUGUACCAGCAGGCUCUGCUGUUCGACGAGGGACCCCAGGGCAAGGUGCUGCAGGUGAUCGUCUGGGGAGACUACGGCCGCAUGGACCACAAGUGCUUCAUGGGCAUGGCCCAGAUCAUGCUGGACGAGCUGGACCUGAGUGCUGCAGUCACCGGCUGGUACAGACUCUUCCCCACGUCCUCCGUGGCAGACUCUACGCUCGGCUCCCUCACCAGGCGCCUGUCCCAGUCCUCGCUGGAGAGCGCCACCAGCCCCUCGUGCUCCUAAGGACCUCGGGGAGAGGCCAGGCUGCGAUGUGAGAAGGGGUGUGGCCGCCUCCCACCUCCUCCCCCCUGUACAUAGUCCUCACGUCUCUCUGGCCCCCUUGCCCUGCUGCAUGCCCGUUGGCUACUGGGCCUGGCCCAGCUGUCUUUGGAGUCUCUAGCGCGUGUGCGUGUGCGUGUGUGUGUGUGUGUGUCUGUGUGUGACCAUGUUAGAUCUAUUCAUUUGUCUGGGUGUAGUCGGUCUUGGUGACUAUAUGGGCUGAAACCCAUGUCUCUCGGUGUCUCGUGGUAAAGAAACCCAAAGGAGAAUUGUGAGGCCAGGACUCCCCCCCCCAACCCCGUCCCGCCGAAUCCAGGGGUGGAAGUGGGGGACACGGCCAUUGGUUCCUCCCGCCUGCCCCGGGCUCAGGGCAGAGCCCGCGUGUUCCCCGCCGUGCCUGUCCUUGGUGGUCUCUGCUUAGUUUUGUCUUGUCCGUUGUUCCACCUCUGCCUCUCCUAGCACUGCUGCUCUUUUUUGAGGAAUGUAGCAUCCAUUGCAGCCGGCCGCACUGAGGCCCCUCUGGGAACCCUGACACCCCUCCUUUCCACCGAGCUCUCCAGCCGCUCUUCCUACUGAAUGCAUCCACAGCAUAUAGCAGCUCACCUAGGGCCCUGGCCAGGGCCCCGGGGAGCAGAAAAUGCUGGGGAGCUGCAGGCUUGGAGAUGGCUUUCUCCCUCCAGCUGACACCCCACUUCCUAAAAGUGAGAUCCGAGGGGGUGUCGGUUCCCAGGGCUGCAGGCCAGGUACCUUGGCGGGAAGUACUGGUGCCUCCUCUUGCAUUGUUCACCUCCGGUCUCCCUUUAAGCCUCCUCGCUUCCGACAUGCCAAAGGAGCCCUCCCAGUGGACCCCAGGAGGUGUGGACUGGAUGGUCUUGACCUGCAAGAGGUUGGCCUCACAGGGGAUGUUGUCUACCAGGGUGGGCAGCCCCCGACAGCACCGGUGUCCUUCCCAGGCCCUGAGGGUGGCCCUGUGCCCCUCGGGGCUCAUCCUGAAGGGGCCUGGCUUGUUGAGGGGCCACGGAGGGCGCAGCUGCUGGCAGGAAGGAGGAGGGCUGGGACUGACUUGCUCUAAGAAUCCUGUCUGACCUUCAGGGAUUAGCUGCAUGAAGCUGACUAUUAGGGGCUCUAUUUUCUUUCUUUCUUUCUUUUUUUUUUUGCUCAUUUCCAGACCAGGGUCUGUGUUUGAGAGCUCAGACUUACUGAAGCUCCAGCCUCUGGGCUCCCGCACAGCCUGGUUCUACACUCUAUAGACCGUGACAGUCACCAGCUCUGUACAAGCAAUACUCACCCCCUCGGCCUCCCCGCCUCCCGCGCUCUGCCGCUGCCGUCCGGAGAGCGGCCCGGCCUGCUCUUGACGCCGCUCCUGUCUCUGCUGUCUUCCCACCUUUGUCUGGUUGGAACUUCCCAAAGCCACUCAAACCCUGACCUGAUUGGACAGCUGGGCCCCCGGGGGGUGGGCACCAGGGCCUGGACUGGACCUUGUGAGAUGCCGGCUGGGAAUCCUGAAGUCUGGCUCGGGAGCCCAGAUCUGUCCCUCUGCCUCCUUGGGUCUAGUGUGAAAGGCGAGAGGUUGCCCAGAAGAUGGACAUGGCAGCCCUCAGGUCCACGACUGCAGGAGAGAAAGAGGUAGCAGGAGGGGUCAAGGUCUGGGGCCCCCGCCCCUUCCCCAGACAUCACCCCCGAGCACGGCAUGACUCUCACCCGCAUACGUGGGGGGAGCCGUGGAGAGGUGGUUGGACUCCAUUCAUCACCAAAGCCAGGUGGACGUGGGGAUGGAUGCUGAGGCGGGGACGUGGAAACAGAGGCUCUCUGAGACAGACCGUUUUCCACUGAGGGGUUUCCUUUUCUGGCAGGAUCUGCAUUGGGCUAAAGCCAGGGCCUGACCACCUCCCUCCCAAGAAAACUGCCCACGGACAAAAUGUGGGUGAGGGCAAUGAGAACUAACAAAACGAGCGCCUUGGCUGACUUGCCGGAGCCGGACGAGAACUGUUGUUUGUGGAGAGAGGAGACAGCUGGGUUGAGUUUUCUCUUUCUCAGAAAUUCUCCCCUGGCAUUGGGAUUGGGUAAUGCAUUUCCCAUAGCAAAGGGCUCUGUGGCUUGGAUCCUAGGGUGGGGAGAGGGAGGAAACUCACUUGCAGAAGAGUAUUUGUAUGUCCUGUGGGUGACGCUCUGCGUCAGAAUGGUGCACACCCUCAGAAUGGUGUGCAAAUACUUGACAGCUUUGGAGUGGUGGGGUUAUUCGUGAUCCAUAGGUUCGUGUAGAUCUUUCCUGAUGUGUCACGGAGCGGUGACACCCAGACUGUGCAGUCACCCCCAGGAAACGAGGACUAUCAGAGAGGGUGUCACCCUUCUUCCCCUAGGGACCCAGGAAGACAAAAGAUGGGGAGCUACGAGCUGAGGCUCUGCUGGGGAGUCAAAGGCUGCUGGCCCCUUGCCUCCGGGGAAGGUUGGCUAGGGGGCACAUACUAGCCAGAGGGAUGGCCUGGCCUGUCCUAGAGGUCGGACACUCCGCUGUUCCGCCUCACUAAUGGGAAGUCAUUCCCCACCCAAAUUGACCUUGGGGGAUUACCUUUAACCCUUUGUACCAAAUCAAGUUAAUCCAGUUACCCCACCUGGAUUUUCUCCCUUGAGAAUGAAGUCUAGUGAGGCUCCAUAUACUGUGGUGGUGAGCGGCUGGGCUUACAGGUCUGUCUGGGCCUCCUGGAUGCAGGGGCUUGUCUGAGAGGCUGCUCUGGAGCAAGCCUGUCCCAGUGGAGGAGGGAGCACGUGUGACUGCUGGCCUUCCCUGGAGGGGGGAGCAUCCAUCCCUUGAGGAGGGAACGGUGGGGAGGGGAGGAACAUGAUUCCUCCCAGGCACUGUUAGAUGCAGUGUCACAGCUCCACAUGCCUGCUCCUUACCCCAGGGGACCCUGGGGCUGAUGACAGGCUGGGCUUUUUGUCACUCCAUCUCCCUCUGCUCGGGCAGGUUUCAUGGAAGACGUGGCACAGACAGCCCUGCAGCACUGCCGGGCUGUGAGCAGGAACCAUGACAGAUGAUUCAGAGCAUCUGUCUUCACGUUUCUGCCAUGGUCAAUCUGUCCCACUUCCUUCACAGACUCCUUUCCUAAAGGGGCGGCUGUGAUGGGCCUUUGGUAUGAGUCGGACUCCAGCGAAUGGGGCCAGGUCUUGGUUCUUCACUGAAGGAUCACAUCCCUUUUGUCAAACCGUCUCCCGAUCUACUCCCCACCCCCAAGUCUCUUGCCUGACCCAGCACUCUUAGGAAAGGAGGCUCUCAGUAUGCAGCGAGCCCAGGCACUGCCAGCAUCUCAGGGGGCCGAGAGAGAGGGUUGCCCCUCUCGCUCACCACUCAUGGGAUCACUGGUUCUUCCGGGGGCCUAACACCCACCAGGGCCAGCAUGCCUGAGUUCUUCUUUACUGCCAGCCUUGAGGAGAGCGGAAGCCUCCCGCCCCCUUUAAAGACGCUAGAGCCCUGCAAGGGCACUUCUUUGGAAAUGAAAUGUAGCACAAUCUUAGACUGCAUUACCAGGAGCCCUGGCACGCGACCAGGGUCCUUGUUCCACGCCCUGCAGCCCAGGAGAAGCUGGGCUCCCACCCCCACCCCCACCCCCCAGGCGGGGCUCCAGAGCUCCUGAUAACCUCCGAGUCCCCGCCUUCUUCAGCCCAGAAAGCAGCAGGGCUUCAGAAAGGCUGCUCUUCUGCUUCUUGGGUUGCUUCCUGCACUGUGUAACCCUGUGGACGAAUUGCUGCCUUUGCUCAUCGGUGGAGAGGGUCGGGGGUGGGGGCGGGGGGUGCGUGUCUGGCCAGCAGGGCAUCCGCAGUGGCUGCCAGGAGAGGGAGGGUAGAGGUCUGCUGCCCGCUGGCUCAUUUCUCCCUCCCUCUCUCUUCCUCUCCCCGGAGUUUUCUUCUCCAAUAUCCUGACCCAGAAAGAGGUUCCUUAAAAUGCUGCUUCCUGUACUGGACUACCGUUCGCCUGCAUGAUCAAGGAGGAGAUAGGAACGUAGACUCGUCCCCUACCUUCUCCCUCGAGUCUGCUUUUCAUUCAGGUCAGAAGAGAUUGGGGCAAAACAGAAACAGUCCUGACUGAAGGGCAAGCGUGCCCCGCCUGAUCCGGUGAGGCCUGAUAGGGACUGGAUCGGCCUGGGCUGGCUGGGCAAGGGUUAUUUUGAAAGAGUGCCUGACCAUCUCAGAGUGAUGUCAGUGAUGCCAAAGAGAGCAACUUGGCCUCCUCGGGCAGCAGCUUUGCCAGCUGAGCCUCUCACGUGCGGCUCAGGUGUCGGCAUGCCCCAUGGUGGGACCUUGUUCUCUGACAAAGGGCUUAAUCUUUCCAUGUAGCAAAGCAACUUCCUCUCCCCCCAACCCUGAGCUCAGGCCUUUGUGGGCCCAGUAAGGCUAUGCCUGUGAGGGAAACUUGCAUUCUCCCAGGGGCCCAGACUGGCUUGGGGAGGAUGCUCGCCACAAAGCAUGCGUGUUACUGCUCCAGGAGAACCUCCCCACGUUCUGGUUGUAAACUUGGCCAGCAAGGACAGGAGCCUUCAGCCUCCCAGGCAGUUCGCAUUAAUGCCAGGAAGGUCCUUGGGCCUGGGUUCCAGAGAGCUUGGCAAACAGAAAUGGGCCCUGGGAAUCCCAAAGGCAACAUAGCAUCCGCCCCAAAGGUCAAUGGCCUGGACAGCCGGCUACAGAGACUCCAAGGCUGUUACAUACAGAGAAACUGGGACCUUAUGCAAGUCUCCUCCCUUUUCUGGGUCUCAGCUUCCUCAUCUGCAAAACCAGAGCAUUUGCUAGUUAUUCCAUGGUUCCCUCCAGGUUUUAAAAGUCUGAUCUGGAGCUGAUGAGGACUAUGAGCCUGAUAUACCUGGCACCUGGUCCCACAGGCUGGUUCCUUCCAGCCCUGGGAGCAGGUCCUCACCCAUCCACGCCCAGAUGCUGCUUCUGACAAGAACUCUGGGAAUCCUAGCGGACUCUGCUCCUUCCACCUCCUCAUGGUUUAUUGUUCUCUUCCUCUUAUGUGGUGAGAUAAUUAAGGGUUGUCUGCAAUGGACAAUUUCCAAGGUGCUGAUGUGAGGUUGCAGCCUCAGCUGCAUCCUGCGUAGGUCAGUAUCCCCACCAGCAGACGAUGCUGGGUCGGGCCUCGUCUCUGCUUCUAGAACGGGAUCAGUGGGAGAAUCUUAAAAGAAGAGGCUCUCUGAUGGGAGGAGAGAGGGAGCUUAUUUCCCUUCAAAGUAUUUUGCUUCUUGAAUAAAAUACAUAUAUAUCACUCUUCUCCAGAAUGCCUUUUGCAGACACCAUCUCAACAGGCAGAGUGGCUGCUGCUUCCUUAGGAAAAGCUGGCUUGAUUGUUUCAUCCACUCCUUGAGAAUGUAAAUUCACAGGAGGCAGGAACCCCUUUUUUAGAAUUUCCAAAUGCAUCCUGAAAAGAGAGAGAGCAGAUAGGGACUGACAAGCACACUGUUUAGAUAAGAAGCAAUUAGCCUUUUACAUUUUCUAUAUGCAGCAUCUUCCCAAACUUGUGGCUCCCAGGUGGCAGGUGGAUGGCUAGGAAGGACUACCGGCUGUUUCUUAUAACAUUCUUGCCAAUUCCCUUGAGGAGAAAAUCCUUCACAUGGCUUCUGCAUGUACAGUAUUUGGGCAGCAAAAAAAAAAAAAAUUAUUAAAGUCAGUUUGAAAAUGG